CAAAAAGCUCUGAAAAAAGGAAAAAGGAUGGUUGCCAAAAUACUUAAUGUACACUUUAGUAUCAUAAUAGUUAUAAUUGUUAGAAGCAGCAGCAUCAGCAGCUGCAGUUUGAAUAUUUCAUGUUGUUGUUUUUUACUCAGCAUGAUGCAACAGCUUUCCCUCUGAAAAUGGGAAGCAGCUACAGUUAGAGGAAAGUGAAAGUAAGGCUAACAGAAAGGCUGCAGUGCAGAUGAUGUGCUGGGAAAAUCCCCACCCAGCCUAUAUAAGGAGUCACAGAGCUGCUCUGACUCACAGAUAGAACAAAUCUCUGCAGAGACACAGUAGCAGGAGCUGAAUCGUUCGGACUGCACAACUGGAGAUGAAGAAGUUUUUGAAAAUAAGAAAAAGGAGCAAAUCCUGGGGAGCAGACAGCAGGAAGCCUCUUAUAGAGAAUAACAACAACGACAUACAAGAUGGAUACAGCGGGUACGACAACCCCUUGGAUCAGAACACCUGCACCACCCAGGUGGAGAAGGAGAUCCCACUGCAGGAACUGGCUGAACUCCUGGGUGUGACCCCUGAUGUCAACCCCUCUGAGGAUGGAUCGUGUUGCUCACUGCGGCCUGAGACCGACUCAGCUCAGCAGAAGCAGAGAGCUGUUUGCCUCAUACAAGCAUCAGUGUCCCAGCACCUUCCAAAACCGCCGUCGGAUCUGGACCAGAACCUUCACCAGCACCUGAUCAAUGUGCAGGAGACUGUGCCCAAUGAGCUCUUGAGGCUGAGUCCUCUGUUGGAGGAAAUGGGUUUGACUGAAUGCCUGAUUAAUUGCUACCAUCGUCAGACACUCGGUCACAUUGAUGAGCUGCUCAAGAACGUCCAGUCCUGUAAGAAAUCCUUUGUGCUGAUGAACUGGAUCCUGCAUGCGUAUCUGAGUAAGGAGCUGCUCGGUCAUCCCGACCUCCAGAAAAUGGAUCCCAUGGAGAAAGUCGACCUCCUGCUGUUCACAGAAUUGGCAGCAAAGGCAAAGAACAAGCUGCUGGACAACGUGCAGAAACAGGUCAGAGCACAUCUGGAGAACAUCCUGCAGAUUGAGAGGCGACAGGACAUUGGUGAUAAAGAGGAAACUUGCAUUGGACUUUAUAUCAACACCAUUGGGUGUAUUCAUGCAAUGCCCAAAGAAGCACAAAAAAUCAGCUCAAAACUGUCUGAUGAGGUCCGGGAGGUUUGUUUCCAGGAGCUGCUGAUGUUUCUGGAGAGGUACGCGUCCGAGCAGACUGAGAUUCUUGGAAAAAAAGCAAAAAUGGACAAACCAGAAACGAUACACUUCUUCAAGACUCUGAAAACCUGUAAAGAGCUCAAACAGCACGUCCAGACCAACAGUAAAGGCAUCAACGAGUCACUGAUCCAGAAAAUUGCAGCAACUCUUGAGAACAUGGAGGAUUUUACUCUGAAGCUCCUGAUGGAGAUUAUUGAGCACAUGGCAGAGAUCCACCUGAAGAAUUACUUCAAAACUGAGAACAAGCAGUUCUUCUUCUUGAUCCUUGGUGUGAAGGCGUAUUUCCCCAAGCUGUCAUGGUGUCAGGACGUACAAAAGAGAGUGAUGGAUGAGGCCUACAAGCUCAUCGCUCACACGUACCUCAAACAUCUCAUCCGAAGCAGCCAGAAGAAACUGAGAAAGUGCUGGAGUCCUGAUGUUGGACAGACAGUAACUGAAGAUGCUGAGAGUCUCCACGACACCAUCUCAGACCUGGCCCCUGGUGUCCAACAGUGGAACCUCAUGCUGCUGAAGGUCCAAGAGCUGCUGAAGGAUAAAGACAGCGACGCGGUGAAGCUCACAGCAGCGAGCAUGCUGAAAGAAUGUCCCACGUGGAGAGAGGACAAGGAGCUCCUGCCCGCCCUGCUGCGAUGGAAGGGUCUCUCUGGAUGGGAGAUGAAGGAGGUUCUGGAGGUGCUGGACUCACUUUCAGAGUGCAGACCCAGACCCAGAUCUGUAACCUGGUACUCCUGUUUAAUCUGCUGGUGAUGGAUUGACUGCAACAAGCAGAGAAGAGGACAGACUUGGACUUUUUACGUCAGCUGCCUCCCGUGGAAACCUGUUCCGUUAAUGCUUCCACCGUCUGAUCUAAAGACGGAUGCACAGACAUAAGUUAAAGAAGGUUUUUAUACGAUAUGACACAAAAUUAUGAUGAGCUUUGUGCACAAGAGGCUCCUCAUCAGUUAGCCUAAUUGUUACUGUUCCUGUGUUUUCAGGGAAAGGCGAAUAGGAAUUUUUUAAACCCUUGUUGACCAAAUUUUGCUUUUUCUUUCACAAUAUGCUAAUAUGUGCUUUGGUGGGUGAUGGAUUUUUCAAGACUUUAGUUUUAAAACAAGCAAAGUGAAAGUUGUUUACAUUUUCUAUGUGUUUUUGAAUAUUUUGUUGGAAUAUGUUUUGAGGCAAAGUUACCUGAUUUUUUUCAGGAAGUUUACACACCAUUAAGUUAAGACUGAGUUUCUGAAACUGUGCAAUUUCUUUUGACAAUCAAAUGACGACCAGAGAGGAUUUAAAGGAAAUGUUAACUUUAUUCUGUUAUGCAGUUACACAUUUACUUUUACUUUGUUUACCGUCAUCUGUUUUGUGUAUUUUAGGCACUACAUGUAAAAACGUUAAGGGAUUUUUACUUGAACUUGUUAUUUCAUUUUUAUUUAUUUGAAUUUAUUUAUAUGAAAACUUCCCGGGCUUCAUUAACCAACAGUCAGCGAUACAAUAUCAAACUUCAUAGUUCUUCAAAAAUCUCCACUGUCAUUUGUUACUUACGUGUUCAUCUCUCAUAAAAUCGGGGUACAGAUGUGUUUUCUGGCUGAGUUUACUGUUUUUUUAUUCUCCCUUUAACACAGUACAAGCUGCACUUCAGUUCAGACAUUUGUGUUAUUCUAAUGUUUAUUUUGUUGAGAAUCUUUUACUGUACGUUGGGUUGGUUCUCGUGUCUCUCUGUCAGCAAUGAUGUGAAUAAACUUCGGUAUGAUUCAAUG